UGUGUCAAUCAUUCACCGAGUAGUUUGCACUCGGAUUUCACAACAAUUUGGAAUCAGAACACGUUUAAUUUUCAAUAAUAUUCUGUAAGCAGUGCAGAAAAAUGUCCAACACAUCAAGUUUCACAUGCCUGAACUGCAGCGUUCGCUUCCAGAACGCAGAAAUGCAACGCGAGCAUUACAAAACCGAUUGGCAUCGGUAUAAUUUGAAACGAAAGAUAGCGGAGCUUCCGCCCGUAAGUAUCGAAGAGUUCGAGAAGCGAUUGAACCAGCAAAAGAGUACUGACGCGGCCGCCCAAGAGGACCAGUCGCUGUACUGCAAGGCGUGCAAAAAGUUGUUCAAAUCGAAAAAUGCCCAUGAUAAUCAUCUAGACAGCAAAAAGCACAAGGACAACCUCAAAGUGUUUCUGGAACAGGAUGAAAAUGCGCAGCCAGAUGAAGUGUCUGUGAAGUCCAAUAAGCCGAAGAAGGAGUUCGUUGUCCCACAAGACGAAGCUAUGGACGAGGAUGCUGCGGACGACGAUGAGGAAGGUUGGGAGGAAGAAUGGGAUAAUCCCAUCGAUAACAAUGAUUGCCUUUUCUGCACGAAUCACAGCGAGGAUUUAAUCAAAAACAUCAAACACAUGAGCAUUAAGCAUUCGUUCUUUAUUCCGGAUGCAGAAUACUGUAUCGACGUGGAGGGGCUUUUGGGCUAUCUGGCAGAGAAAAUUUGUAGAGAUUUCAUCUGCAUCUGGUGCAACGAGAAAGGUAGGACAUUCUACUCGUUGGACGCGGUGAGAAAUCAUAUGGUGGAGAAGGGACACUGCAAGAUGCUGCACGAAGGAGCAGCCCUGGCAGAGUAUGUGGACUUCUUCGAUUACAGUACCAGUUAUCCGGACCAUAAUGAUGAUAUGGACAUCGAUGAGGAGCUUGAAGCUCCGCAGGCUCUAGAUGGCGAUGAUUUCCAGAUGGUGCUACCAUCGGGAGCCACGAUCGGUCAUCGUUCGCUUCUGCGCUACUAUAAGCAGCGGCUCAAUCCAAACCGCGCAGUCGUGGUCAAGAAAUCAACACAACGUUUGCACAAGGUGCUGGCUGAAUAUCGAGCGUUGGGUUGGACGUCUACACAGCAGGAGGCCGCAGCUCGGAAUGCUCGCGAUAUGCACGUGAUGAAACGGCAGCAAGCCAAACUGGUGCAGCAGAUAGGGGUCAAGGCAAACAAACUGCAGAAGCACUUCCGUGUUCAGUGUAAUUUCUAAAUAAUGAAUUUUUUGAAUAAAAUAUAAUAUGACGUA